CAUGCAACCUUUGAUAAAAUUCCAUUUAGCUACUAUUAAUAAUAACUUAUGACUAAUCUCUUUUGCCAUCUGCACAUAUGUAAGAGUACCCAUAUUUCCCUCAUGGUCAUUUUUGCGAUAUAAUGACAAGUGGUAGACCUUAUUUCUAGAUCAGAUAUCCAACCAAUGGUGGAUGUGUUUGCUUCUGAUUGCACAUAUCGUAUUUUGUUUCUGCUUUUACAUUGGCUCAUACACGAAUGUGGUGCAAAGGCUUGGCAAGGUCGCCAUCGACGAGCGGCUGCUGGGUUUGGCAAAGCAGGCGGUGCUCCGGUCAGGGUACCUUGUCAUGGAAAUCAUCAUUAGUGAUGAGAAGGUUGACAUUAUGACGGAAGAUUUCGACAGGUUUUCCUCCAUCAUCAGGAGGGUGGAGAGCUUGCGCAAGCUCGGUAUGGUCACAGAUCAUCAUCUCUCGCUCUUGCAACCCACGCUUAUUUUUCUCUACCAGAUUUAGUAGAUGAUUUAGGGGUUAGAAAAGAAAAGCAUAUGGUCUACCUAAAAGAAUAGCGAAACAAAUGGAGCGUUUUGUUUUUAAUGGAUUUAGAUUUACUUAAAUAGUAAUGUAUGAAUCCACCAUUUAUUACUGUAUGAAAGUGGCACUCUUCAAGAACCAACUAUGUCUAGGUGCUCAGACAUGAGAUAUGGUAUCAGCAUACAUUAUUUAUGUUUCAUGAAAUCAUCAUAGCUUUAUCUUAAAAAAUUUAAGCCAGUUUCAUGACGGCACGUCGCUAGCAACAAGCUAUAGAGCAAAUUACAUAGACAUGUCGUAGAAUUACAAGCAUGAGCGUAAAUUUAAUUUUCUGUCAAAUAUCUUAUGGUUUUUCCUUGUUUUAUUUUAGGGUUUCUGAAGUUUCUUCAGUUCUGCAUCAUAUAGUAGAAUGUGGUUAA